GUAAUUUUAUAAUUCCUAAACGUCAAAAUCUGUUCGAGACAUCGAGUAUUGUGUACUUUUUAUUUAGUUUUCUUUUAAUUUUAAAUGAGAAACCAGUAAUCGGGCGUUGAAUAAAAGAAUUGAUUAAAUACUAAAAGACCCACAAUGGGUUUACCGAAUACGCAAAUACCGCGCGACAAGCUUCCGGAAUGCUGGUCAGACGAUGUUCGUAUGAACGCAUUAUUUGCGCCGUUCAGGAUCAAAACUGCUAACCCAGAAUCUUGGGACAUGAAGAUGAAGUUCUGGUCCGAGAUGGUGCGGCAAUAUUGUCGUCAUAGGACAGAUCCUGUUAUCUCUGCAGCAGACAUUAAGUUUGCUUUUCAAAGGAAAGGCCGUACUCCAGCCUGUAUUGAUAUUGUUAUUGAAGAGAUGUAUAGAAAUGGUGAACUCUCACCUAUAUCUAAAUAUCUUCAAAUACUGCACAACGGUCCUGAAGGCUGGGCGAUGUGGGGCGCUAGGAUAGCAUUCAAGCCAGCCGUGCUAGCUGUCUCUACAGUACUAUCGUUAUUACCAAGCAGACCUCAACUGGAUAGCGAUGGACUGCCAAAAGCGAGUAUAGAAUCGACACAGAGAUUUAUACUAGAAAGUGCUGUGAAGGAACAAGCAACACAGUUUUUAGAUAAUUUUCCACCAGGCGAGCAAAGACUGGGAACAAUAGAUGAAUUAAUGAAAAUCACACAAUGGGCUGGCAAUAGAGAGACAUUGGAGAUAUUACUAGGCUAUCUUGUGUCACAAGGGGCUGCGGUUAAAAAAGGAGAUGUUGUUAAAUUAGCGGAACCCAAUAAGAAAGCUGCAGCUGUCACUGAGACUGAUGAAGCCCUGGUUAAAUUAACAUCAGCGGAGACAAGACUGGAGGCUGAUAUGGAGAGACUUACAAAAGAAUUGAACUCAGCAGAUGCAGAUGCAAGAGCAGCACUUAAAUUGGGCAAUAGACUUGCUGCAAAGAACCAUCUACGUCGCAAACAUAAGAUAUCAACACGAGCUCAACGCUGCGAUGCGGCACUUGAGAAUGUCAGACAUCUCCUACAUCAGAUGCGAGAAGUUGACUCCAACGCUGCUAUCGUUGAUACAUAUAGAACAAGUUCCCAAGCUAUGAAGCGUACGAUGAAAGAGGGUGGACUGGAAGAGGACUCCGUCUUUGAUACUAUGGAUGAAUUAAAAGAUGUAUUAGAAACAUACAAUGAAGUAGAGAAAGCAUUAGGUACGACGGUCGAUGAUAUAGAUACAGCAGAACUGGAGCAGGAGUUGAAGGAACUGUUGGAUACACCAGCUCCACCUGGAGGUGGUACACCUGCGGCAAGGAAUGAUAAAGAAAGCAAUUUAUCAACACCCGGACAACGUAGAAAGGAAUCAGAGAGAGAUUUUGUGUUUGACGGUGAAGAGAGGAUGCUCGCUGAACUAGACAAGCUCAGUCUAGAAGAUACCACACCAAAGAAGACAGACAAGAAACCGAUUGCUGUCUCUGAAGCUGCUGAUAAUGGCAUCUCAAUACCAAAAAGCACCAAACCCUCGAAGGCCUGGUAUCCACCACCUGGUGACUGUCUCAAACCGGACACAGCCUGGUCUGAGAGUGGAGUGGACGCCAGUCUGAAGCGCCUGAGCGAAGGUUUCGGGGAACUGAGAAUGGAUCAGAGGUUACAUCCAGGUCAACCCCUGGACGUGGACUUCACGACACCUCCACGUCAUUACGUGACAGACUUCCAGGUGCGCGACCACAAGCGCGCGCCCGCCGGCGUCUGGCUCUACAACCACGAGGACACCAGCGCGGAGCUCGCCCCCAGCACUGAGUACAUCAGCACUGAAAGCCCGGGUAAGACGGGCAGCAGUUUCCUGAUGGCGCCCGGUGAGGGCAGAAGAAAACAGGAGACCUGGCACACUGAUGAGGAGAAGACUAUUGAAGACCUGGAGACGAGGCUCAACAGGCUACGUGGCUUCAAUAUGUAAAGGUGUAGUAUAUAAGUAGUUAUAUAUAUUUGACUAUCUUUAUAUCAUAUACUUAAAAAAAUAUUUACGAUUUGUGAUAUCAUUUUAUUUGGUGUAUUAGUUAUUGGCUUCUCUCU